AUGAUUGUAAAUAACACAGAUAGCUUUACACUGGUGGCAUUGAGGACCGUUGUGGAAAAUCGUUUAUUUUACACCGGUUAACGUUAAAACUGGUAUGGAUUAGAUUAAAUAUUCUUUUCCCGCAACUCGCAAAUCGCAACUCGCAACUCUUCUUCUUUUUCUUCUAUGCAAUUUUUUUUUGUUCUCCCUCCUUUCUUCCCCCUUCUUCACUCCUUCCUUCUCUCCAUUCUUCUUCAUUCUCCUGUCAUUGUUCUCGUUAUCGAAGUUGUCGAGGUUGUUGGGUGAAGCUGUUGGUCGGCGUUUGAAGUUGUUCAUCGUGGUUGAAGUUCUCGGUUGUGAAACAAUGCCAACAUUUCCUAUUCAAGGGCUUUGUUUGCUGAGAGCUUCCACAGGUUGUUGUCUACUCAGACUGGAGGAUGUUUGCAUCAAACACCUUGAACAUCAAGUAACAGUUAAAAUUCAACUUCCUGAGAAAUGGUUGAUCACGACAGUUAAAGAAAGAAAUGGACAAGUUGUUGGCAGUGUACAGAGCAACCAGUGCUGGAGUACUGUUGUUGUUAUGUUUCCUUUACUGACUCAGCUCUCUCUUCCCCUUCCUAGGAGCUUGAACAUGCUAGUUGCCAAGACUAUUGGAACCAGAAUCGGAGCCAUUAAAUGAAGCAAUUGCUUCUACGUUCUACAAGCACCACCUUCUUGGCCAUGGUCUUCAAGUCUUUCAUAGUAUCACAAUUCUUCUUUCACCAAAAAAUAUAACGAUCCUUCUAUCAGAAGAGCCAUAACAAACACCAUCCAGGUCAGAUUCUUCUAACAAUUCUCAAAUCUUUCUUACUGAAACAGCAGUUAUCGUCUACACAGCCAUUUAGUUGAGAUUUUCUCUGCAUUGAACUAUGUUAAAAUAAGCCAUUGAUUUAAUUUUACAACCACUCUUCCUAUGUUAAAAUAAGCCUUUUCAAGAGUAUUCUCACUCCAACUUAGGCGUCUAACUUCACCUUCAGUUCUCAAUUUAUCCUUCAGGCAACCCUUCAGUUUCCUGUUAUGGAUAGUAAUUAUGCGUUUGUAAUCAGGUGAACACUCCAGAAAUGGUUUUUGAUCAUAUUAGCUUGCACUUAUGCUUCCCUCAUUACGAUCACUGACAUUCUGCUACACAAAAAAAAGUAACAUAAGCCAUCAAAACUUAAUAAUUUUAGAGCUUAAAUUUGAUAAACUGUAGAAGCUUUUAACUUGUAAAUAAUUAAAAGUUGUCUCCAAUAACAUUUAAAGUAACAUUGNAAAACAGUUUUAC